AAAAACCUAAAUCACGGAAGAGAUUCUGCUGUCCUACUAGUUUGGCAAGUUCCCUGGGCUCAAAGCAGCGUAGAAAGGCGGAGAAGAGGGCAGAAACUCAAAUUUGCGCACAUUUAUACACUUCUCUUGUCCCACAGACGGUAUACGAGAGAGGAGUCAUGGAGGCUGCUAUUCAGACCGUGGUGAAGGUCUUCCUGAAGUCGACCAAAGGAAAGGAGAGUCUAGGAAAGAAUCAGUUCCAGAGCCUCGUCAAGAGCCAGCUCUCCAACAUCCUCUCGGACACAGACAGCAAGGAGGCAGUCAACAACAUGGGCCAGGGACUGGAUGCUAACCACGACGGCAAGGUUGGUUUCGAAGAGUACCUGAAGCUGGUCGGUUACCUGGCGGUCUCACUCAGCGAGCAGCGCAACCUCGCCAAAGAGGAGCCUGCCCAAAAUGCUGCGUCCGGACAGGUGGCACAAAGCACCCCGGACAAAGAGGAGGAGAAGCCAGAAGCAAAUGCAGAGGUCAAGGAAGAAGCGAAGCCAGAAGCAAAUGAAGAGGCAAAGGUAGAAGCAGUUUCUGUAGUAACGGUAGAGGAAAAGGCAGAUGGAACGGUAGAAACAGUGGUAGAAACGGUAGAAAUAAAGUCAGAGGGGGAUACGCAGCCUGAGGUAGCGGCAGCAGUAGUGGCGGCGGCAUUGGAGGAGGCAGCAGCAGGAGGGGAAGUGGUCGUGGUCGUGAAAGAAGAUGAUAAGAAGGAUGAAACAGAAAAGGUGGUUGAAAUUGCAGAGAAGCUGGCUGCAGCUGUGGACGAAGAAGUGGAGAAGAAGAUAGAGGAGGCGACCUCAUAGGGGACAAUCCAUUCUUACACAAUAAAGAAAUCACACUACAUGCUUACAUUCAACACUACACAAAACACAACACUAAUGCCAAAAAAGUCAGUAAGCCACUAAAGUUUUUAAAAUACAACCAACAUUGAAAUUAUCAUUAUAAACUCAAACACUACAAACCCAGCUCUGAAAAAAAAAUCUUAAAUAUGUUAGAAAAAAUACAUGACAUGACAGUAGAAUCAUUGCUUUGUACUACUAGUUACCACUCUGUUCAUAUGUACAGCAUGUGCAUCCCACUAUAUAGCACAUUUACCUCAUUAUGAUAAUAUGAUAGCAUGCAGACAUACACUAUCAUAUGCAUGCCAUAUCCCUGUGAAAACUUUACUGCAAAAUAUGAUUUACUUGCAGCAGCACACUGACACAUGUGACUAAAGUGUUACUGCAGCAAAGAUGUUUAGUUCAAAUACCGUCCUCCCCCAACUUUUAUCUUUAUCUGGGUCUUUUUAUUGGAAUAAUUUGACAAUUUUGGGAAACAUGGUCAUUAGUUUUCCUGCAAAGAGUUUGAUCAAAUGUUAUACACUAUUCUUAUAUGUGUCCAUUGAGUAUGAAGUUACCGUUAGCCGGUUAGCUCAUUGUAGCACAAAGACAGAAACAGGGUAAAACAGUUAGCAUGGCUCUGUUCAAAUGUUACAGAAUCCACCAACUUGUACCUCUAAAACUAACAAAUUUGGCAGUUUAAUCUUCAGUAUUUGUUUAACAGCAAGAUAUAACACUCUAAUUAGUGAACCUUAUAUGUGCUGCGCUAGCUGUUUUUCAGUUUCCGAUGUUUAUGUUAAGCUAAUCGGCAGCUGUAGCUUCAUAUUUUAGCAUGAAGGCUGAAAGGAGCUAGCAUGGCUUUGUUCCAGCUUAACAAAAUCUACCAACUACUACCUUCAAAGUUUAAAAAUUAACAUGCUAAAGGCUAUCUCUGUCUGGGGCAGUUGAAUCUUAAUCUAAAUUAGCAAAAUGUAGGGGGAUUUGUUAGCAUAACCAAGCUAAUUGUUUCCAGUAUCAAACUUCUCAUCUUACUCUCAGCAAGAAAGCUAAUAAUUAACCCAAAAUGUCAAACUUUUCCCAUAAUGGUUGCAUGAAAAUCUGUCAUUAACACUAACGUCAAAUGAAUCUUUUACAUUUUCAUUUUUUUAACUCACAUUACUAUGGAGCUGAGUUGGCAUGACAAUAAACAAAUUGUUUUGCUGAAGCUUUGCAUUACUCCACCCUCAUCUCUCUCUUUCUAGUCUACUUUAUGGCCUAUCUGUCUCUUUUUUUUAAAAAAAUCUGUAAUUCCCAGAGAGGUUCACUUCAUUUGGAUUUUACAGUAUAUUCCUCAUACUUGUAGUCAGCCAUGUAGCCUAUUAGAAACUGGAAGAUCAAGCGUAGCCCUCGGCUAAAUAAUUAAGGUUCGUGAAGGGAAUCCACACCAAAGGACCCUUAUGGUCAAAAGGGAGCCCAAAAUAGUCCCAUGGGAGUGGGCUGGUGACUAUAGGUGUCGGCCAGAGUAGGUGUUCAUGCAACCUAAUCCACCUAGAUUAGAAGUGGUAGAGAAGAACAAAGAAGAAAGCCCAUAACAGGUGUCACCUGGUGGCAGUUUACAUCUCAAGUACUUUACAGUACAAUUGGUGCUUUUUUAUUUGUUGUGUGGCUUCCAAACUAAAUGGCAUUUCAGUGGUUAUUGAUCCAUAAAUGUGCAGGACGGUACAUUUUCUGGAGUGACCCUUGGUAGCACUGAAUGAAGUGACCGAAACUUGCUAAUUGUUGCUUGCUUUCUGCUGGUUUUUGCACCAGUUGUUCAGGCUUGAUUGCGUGUUUGUCAGUCACACCCUCAGUUUAAAGACCCUGUUGACCUGCAACUGGAUCCUUGAGUCACAGGCAUUGGGCAACUACUGGAUUAGGCAUUUGAUGGGUAACACACCCUGGGACACAACAAUUACAUAAAAGUAAUCCCGGGCUCCAGUGAUCCUGCCCAUCAGAUGAGAUGGUAGUGUCAGAGGGAGGUUUUUAAGCAGAAAAAAAAAGAAUACUGAGCCAUCAAUAUAAAUCUUUGUGGUGUGAUCUUUUACAACAGACUAAAACAUAAGAUGUUGCAUGAUAUAAGAAAGUUUUUAGUAUUUACAUUGUAUUGGAAUUAUUGUGGCCAAAUAUUUAAGUUCGACACGGCCUCUUUAUAUUUAACUUCUUAAUCUAACUCUUUCUUGUUAGGACCACUAUGGAAAUCACUUGAAAAAAAAAAAAACCUUUGUCACAUUAUAUGCAAUUUGUUAAUUACAAUUUAAUGAUUUGUAAAUUGUCUCAUCAUCAAUAAUGCAGCCAUGAGAAAAAGGCUCAUGUUGCAGCCAGGCCCUGCUAUGCUAUAUCUCACCCUGGCCAGCUCGCACAGUGCGUAGGGCAAACAAACAUUUUGGGCAUGCUACCAAAUGUGCACCUUAUGCACUGUGGCAGCACCUGGCACUUCAAACUGCUCAGCAGCAAAAUGGGCAAGACAAAUAAACCUGAGUCAUGUGGUCACCCUGCCUCGCUGCGACACUCCCAUUGUAAAUACUCUCUCAUUUAAAACUCACUCUGCUCAGCCUUUAUACUCGUAGUAUUCUUACAAGUGCAUAGUGUUUCCUGCAUGCUCUGUUACUAACAAACUUAUUUGACUUCUUUGGCUAUUUAGGUUAUAUUACUAUUAUUUCUUUUAUUAAAAAUGAUAUUCUUUUUAUAUCAAAACAUUUUCUAAUCAUGGUACUUCCUGUGAAUAAUGGAAACAUAUCACUCUCUUGCACCAUCUACAGCCAGCUUUUUGUUCAUCAUGCACAUAGGCCUCUUUGCAUCUUGUAUGUCUACAUAUCUAUAUAGAUAUGUUUAGGUAUAGAUGCAUACUGUACCUUUUUGCUAUUCCUCUUAGGCCAGGCAUGCAUUUGUGCAUCUUUAUGUUCUUUCCUUGCUCUCAAUCAAUCAUCAUAAGUAAAAGUAUGGUGAAAAAGAAACUGGAUUAAGUAAAAUUCACUUUCAGAAUGUCUUGCACAACUGAUUUCUGGAUUUGGCAUGAACAGAUCUAAAUAAAACAUCAUCUGGAAGUUAUUCUAUCGUAGCUAAUGCUUUCUUUUGACCUAUUUGGAAAGUCGGAUGGAUGGAGUGAAUUGUGAGAUCUACGUUUUUCUCGGUCGAGCUGUCUGCGCUGGAAGUUUUUUGUUACUGUCCCAUAGUGUGAACCCCACCCAACCCUAACUCUGUGUAGAUUAAAAACAUGCUGGAACAAAACACAGCAGAUUUGCAGCAGGGAGUGUUUGCAGACAGAUUUUUCAUUGACACACAAUAAGUUUCAUUCAUUCUGUGACACAGUAGAUGAAGAUAAAACGCCUGUGUUGUAGAAUCCCCCCCCCAGCGGAUAUAAUAAGUGUACAUACAAGUGUAUGGAUGUGCUUUUGGGUAAAAGUGUUUGUGAUUAUGGGACCAUUCCCAGGAUAUUGUGCAGGCUUUCAUCAUUGUGUGUUCUGUUUAUUUCCUGCCAAGUACUAGAGGGUGUGUGUGUUAAGCAGCUGGACUCGUUUCAGUCCACUGUCAUGUCCAGUAAACUCCACUAUGCUAGUAUUUCAACUACAUAUGUAAUGCUGUAUCAUUUUUGCUAAUUCUAUGUAACAUGUGUAAUGGCUAAUAUUGAAUAAAACUGUGACGAUAACAUA